UAAAUUAAAAAUCGAUCGGCUAACUAGAAAUUAAUUAAUAAUAAAACAAAAGAUUAAAGUUUAAAAAAUAUGAUUUUUUAUUUUGAAGAACCUGAAAGCUCUUCUAAACAGAGUUAAGUAGUUUCAAUAAAUAUCGCAGAAGACAACUUUUCAUCAUAAAACAACAGCGAUGAAUGUAUGUAGACGUAUUAAUGCAAAAAAAGAAAAUAAAUUUAAAAAGAAGAAAGUAAUGUUUUAAAAAAAUAUAAACAUUAGAAUAAAAAUAUGAAGAAAGUGAUUUAUGGAAUAUAUCAUAUUAAUUAGUAGUUUUGCCAAGAUGAUUUUUAUAAGAAUUGUAAUAAUUUGUCUAUUUAGAAGAUGCUUGGUUCAUAAAAAUUGUUUUUUUUAGCUGGAGAUGUAUAUGUAGAGUUAUAAAAGGGAGAAAAUGAAAACAAAAAGCAAUUCUAUAACCAAAGUAGGAAUAUAUUAUAUGUAGAAAAAACAGAAUAUGGAAUAUAAAAAGAAUUAGAUAGCUUAAACGCUUAAAAGGACUUUAAACCUGUCAUAUACUACUUAGAAAAUUCGUAAGAUCUUGAUAGCUAUAACCUAGCAUAGUAUUUAAAGAUGUAAUCCUAAUUGUUGAGCAUGAUAAGUUAAUCAAUAUAAGAAGUUUAAAACUAUUAUUUGAAUGGUAUGAGUGACAUUGAAGAUAUAAUAAUACAAAGAAAUAUUUAUUUAAAAAACAUGAGAAAGAAGCUAAUUGAAAAAUAUUCUCACGAUGAUAAGUUUUUAUCGAUUUCAACAAUAAGUUUAUCAUUUAAAAAAUAGGCUUUUACAAUGUCUAAUAUAUUUUUUUCAAACUCUUUAAUGGCUCUUUUAGGAGGAGAUAAUGAUACUUCAAAUGAAUAUUUUAAAUAAGGAAUAUCUAACAUUUUUACCAGUGAAUCAAGGAAAAAAAUAAUGGAAAUAGGGAUGAAGGUGUAAUAAUAAAAUUUAGAAGAAUUAGAAAUUACCACUGAAGAUUUUGAGCUUUAGACAUUUGAUAAUUUUAAAAUAAGUUCUGAAAGAAAAGCGACAAUUAUUCCAAUUAAUUAUCCAGCUCAUUUAUAAUUUUAAAAUUUUCCUCUACUAAAUUAAAAAGAAAAAUUUAUUGUAUCUUAUUAUGAGUUUAGUUCAGAGAGUAUUUAAAACAUUCUGCUUAAAAGAGAGAGCUAAUUUGAAGACUUACCUUACUGCAAAGUAUUUCCUGAAAAUUAUUAGUAUUACAGUUAAGUUAGUACUGAUGAGGAUUAAAAAAGCAGCUCAGAAAGUUAGAAAUUCCUCAAAAAAUAUUAUGAGAAAUAAUUUAACAAAAUCUAAAAAUAAAAUAUUUUAAUUUGA